CGUCCAUACAGCGUUAACUCGAGCUCGACGCCUGUUUGUUUCGCUCUUUGUGUGAAUAGAUUAUUGUCCUCUGCACAUUUCCUGAAGAUACGAGAAAUUCACGCUUUUAGGUGCAAAUAUUGGAAGAGGAGACUGAACUGAGACGUAUUUGCUGUGGUUGGUGUUUAUUGAUGAACGCAUGAUUGUUCACGGGGACGCAGCGACAUCUUCACCGUCCGUCCCGUGUCGCGUUUGACAUUUAUUGAUAGUCGAUUUUUGGGGAUUCAGGAGGAAUGGCAUCGAUAACCUCCAUAGAGGCCGUGAAGAGGAAGAUCCAGACGCUGCAGCAGCAGGCGGACGAUGCGGAGGAUCGGGCAGAAAUGCUGCAGAGAGAGGUGGACCUGGAGCGGCAGUGCAGAGAGAGAGCCGAGGCUGAGGUGGCAUCUCUGAACAGACGUAUCCAGCUGGUUGAGGAGGAGUUAGAUCGCGCUCAAGAAAGACUCGCCACUGCACUACAGAAGCUGGAGGAGGCAGAGAAAGCUGCAGAUGAGAGCGAGAGAGGAAUGAAGGUGAUAGAAAACAGAGCAACAAAAGAUGAGGAGAAGAUGGAGAUCCAGGAGAUGCAGCUGAAGGAGGCCAAACACAUCGCUGAGGAGGCUGACCGCAAAUAUGAGGAGGUGGCACGCAAGCUGGUGAUUCUUGAGGGCGAGCUUGAGCGCUCUGAGGAACGAGCUGAAGUGGCUGAGGCCAAAUCUGGUGACCUUGAAGAAGAGUUGAAAAAUGUCACCAACAAUUUGAAGUCCCUGGAAGCUCAGGCAGAGAAGUACUCCACAAAGGAAGACAAAUAUGAAGAGGAAAUCAGAGUACUCACCGACAAACUCAAAGAGGCUGAAACACGUGCUGAGUUUGCUGAGAGGUCUGUGGCGAAGCUUGAGAAGACCAUUGAUGAUUUAGAAGAGAAAGUAGCCCAGGCUAAAGAGGAGAAUCUGAACAUGCACCAAGUGCUGGACCAGACCCUUCUGGAGCUCAACAAUCUAUAAGGAUGAAGUCUUCCAGCACACUGAGCUCUCCAUCGAGGCCUGGAGCGUCAGUUCUUCGCUUUGAGAAAUGAAUGUCUUAUAGUCACACACUCGCCAGUUUGUUCCCAAACAGCCCAAUGCAAAUAACGUCUUGUAACCGUAGCAAAGCCAGCAGUGAGCAUAAUUAACAUUGAUUUAGAAUAGUUUGUAAUCAGUCCAAGGUUUCGUUUAUAAUGAACAUGAUGUUUACUACAAGUGUUGUUUUCUCCAAAGUCAGCCAGCAGCUUUUUUGACCUCAACUGAUGAAUUAAAUGCUGAAAUUGACAACUUUGGAUUUUAAGGGAUAGCUCACACAAUAAAUUAAAGUGUGCAUAUUAUUUAAUGCCUCAUAAGUGAUUCCAAACCAAAGAAGAUACUUUGAAGAAGGCAUGAAAACCUGUAACUAUCGACUUCCAUAGUAGUAAAAACACAUGCUACAGAUUUUCAGCAUAUUUCGAAAUGUCUUCUGUUUAACACACGAAAAAAAUAAAGGGUUACUAAUAAAGGCUUUGGAACAAGUAAAGGUUGAGUAAAAAUGUUAAUUUAUCCGUGAACUAUCCUUUAAAGCAUAACAAAAAUAUACAGGAAAGGUUUUUGCACAAUAGUUACACUUUUGAGAUUACCGUUUUUAAGCUUUUUCAUUGAUGUCUACCAAAAAAAAAGCACAACUUGUGAUUGUAUUUUUGGCUAAGAUCGCCUCUAAAAUCGUCAAACGAAUGUUUCAGUCUGCAGUGCUGCAAUCUUGUGGCCUUUUUGUGAACAUAGCUUUUUUUAGAUGCAAAAUGUCAUUUACGUCAUCCAUGUCGAUCUCAUGUACCACCAACAGGGAAGCUCCAAAAGUAAUUUAUGAAAUACAUUUGCUAUAUACAGACAUGGAUCCAAUUUUAAUGUGAUUAUAGUAGUGAUUAGGAGUGUAUGAUGGAACCUUUGUUUUUUUGACUAAUCUUUCUUCUGUCUGAUGUAGCUGACCAAAUCUGUGAAUUGCCUUUUAUAGGGGAAAUGAAGCAUUCAGUCAAGUUUACAUUAUUUUGUAUAUUGGAUUCCACUUUAAUCAAAAUACAUUAAACAAACCUGUUUAAUGUAACCAUUUAGAAGAAAAUGGCAUGUUUUACUAUAGCUUUUUAACUUAUGGCUCCGCCAUCUUGGAAUAUCGCUGUGUCUGACUGGGUUGGUUCCAUUCCCUCAGAUGAACAGAUACAGUGGAAGUAAAAAAUUGAACACGGAGAAUGCAAAGCCUAAUUUUACCAAAUGCGUGAAGUUGUACAAAUACAAGCAGCAGAUGUGGGUCUAAUAUAAAAUAUCUAUAUUUAUUCUAUUUUUCUUUUUUCCCCCAUUUAAUUACCGACCAUUUGAUUCACUCUCUGAAUUACGCUGCCUGACUGCCUGUCUGGAUUUCAACCAUGAUUGUAACGGACUGAACACAAAGACUGGACAGUCUAAUUUAACCCAAUGCAUGAAGUUGUGGACGUGCAUCGCAAAGCUGGUACAAAUACAACAAACACAAGCAUUAAAGUGUCUUCAGAUGUAUAUUUUUCUGUUGUUAAUAUAACUCUCUCAUGCUGCUCCAGCACUGCCUUAUUAGGGGAUUUUGAUUCAGACUAAUGCAACGAUAAAAAUGAUGUAUGACUUUGCUUUACUGAGUCACGUCUUUGUGGAUUGCCAAGACAUGUUUCAUCCUUUUCAAGUCGAUCAACUCAAUCUCUUAACAUGUAUGAAGGAUAAAAAACCUGCCGUGUGAAAAUCGCGCGGACCUUAGUUUGGUUUGAACAUGAGCAGAGGUGAAGCUGUAGUAAUGAAAAGUGAAAGUACCCGCUCCAUUACGUCAGCACUGGACCUGGUUAAAACCCAUACAGGCACUCAGACAGCGUAAUACAGAGAGUGGACUAAAGCGCAUCAAAUGAUCUGUAAUUAAAAGGAAAAAAAAAAGAAAUAUAGAAUAAAUGUAUGUUUAUAUAGGAGACAUACAUCUAAUGCUUGUAUUUGCACCAACUCCACGUCUAUAACUUCACACAAUGGGUUAAAUUAAGCUUUGCAGUGCUUUACUUCCACAGUAUCUGUUCAUCUGAGUGAAGGGGACCAAUCCUGUGACGUCAGACACAGAGAUAUUCCAAGAUGGUUGUGCCCUAGAUCUAGAUCUAACAUGUUAUUUUUUUCUAAAUGAUUAAAUUAAUCUGGUUUGUUUAAUAUAUUUUCCCUAAAGUCGAAUCCCAAGUACAAAAUUUGACUGAGUGCUUCAUUUCCCCUUUAAGAGCUUGUAUCAGUCACACUACUCAAGGCGAUGAUAUACAAAUUUAAAGUUAUGCCGUUUUUUUUUCUUUAUCUAUGUGAAGGAAUGCAAUGACUUUGUUAUUAAUUGGGGAAAUCAUUUUUACGUCGUUUAAAAGUGUCCUCUUUGUUUAACCAUGUAGAAAAUCCUAGGACAAAACAAUGUAAUUUGGUAAAUGAAGUAUAUGAAAGGGAUAUAGGUAAAGAACCAGCUUUUGGUCAUUCUUGCACACAUUUUUAAACAUUUCCAGCGAUUUUUAACGCAUCACUCAUUUAUGUAUCCUAUGCAAAUGUUUGAGCUGUUUGAUUAAAAUUCGAUUUUUGAAAUCAUAA